AUGGGACCCUGGACCCUGCGGCGCUUCUUCCUCCUCCUCCUCCACCUCCUUCUGCUCCCACCACGCGGGGCCUGGACUGGGAGCCUGCAGAACCCAGGCCUGUCCGAGUGUUUCCAGGUGAACGGGGCCGACUACCGUGGCCGCCAGAACCGCACAGGCCCCCUCGGCGCCGGUCGGCCCUGCCUCUUCUGGGACCAGACUCAGCAGCACAGCUACAGCAGCGCCAGCGACCCGCAGGGCCGCUGGGGACUAGGGGCGCACAACUUCUGUCGGAACCCAGAUGGUGACGUGCAGCCGUGGUGCUAUGUUGCUGAGACCGAGGAGGGGAUCUACUGGCGCUACUGUGACAUCCCCACAUGCCACAUGCCAGGGUACCUGGGCUGCUUCAUGGACUCAGGGGCACCCCCAGCCCUCAGCGGCCCCAGCGGCACCUCGACCAAGCUCACCGUCCAGGUGUGCCUUCGCUUUUGCCGCAUGAAGGGCUACCAGCUGGCAGGUGUGGAGGCCGGCUAUGCUUGUUUCUGUGGCUCGGAGAGUGACCUGUCCCGGGGACACCCAGCCCCAGCCACUGACUGUGACCAGAUCUGCUUUGGCCACCCGGGACAGCUGUGUGGCGGUGAUGGCCGCUUGGGCAUCUAUGAAGUGUCCGUGGGCUCCUGCCAGGGCAACUGGACGGCACCCCAAGGGGUUCUCUACUCCCCGGACUUCCCUGAUGAGUAUGGGCCGGACCGAAACUGCAGCUGGGAGCUGGGCCCGCAGGGCGCCGCACUGGAGCUCACCUUCCGCCUCUUCGAGCUGGCCGACCCGCGCGACCGGCUGGAGCUCCGCGACGCCGCCUCGGGCCGCCUGCUCCGCGCCUUCGACGGCGCGCGCCCUCCACCGCCGGGGCCACUACGGAUGCGCGCCGCUGCGCUCCUGCUGACCUUCCGCAGCGACGCGCGUGGCCACGCGCAGGGCUUCGCGCUCACCUACCGCGGCCUGCAGGAUGCCACCGAUGAACGCGCGCCCCCAGGAGCCUCGGCCCACACUCCUGAAGCACCCCUGGACGGGGCUAACGUGAGCUGCAGUCCGCGCCCUGGCCCUGCCCGAGCGGCCCUGGGGGCUCGGGUCCUCUCCACGGUGACAGCUGUGUCCCUGCUGCUACUGCUGCUGCUGCUGCUGGGACGCCGAAGGAGUGGCCUGCUGGCUCCAGGAAAAGGGGCUCCCGCGAUGGGGCCUUCGGGCCCUAAGAGAAGCUGGGCCGUGUGGUACCGCCGACCUCGAGGGGUGGCGCUGCCCUGCCCGCCCGGGGACCCCCAGGCCGAGAGUCUUGCUGCCAGUUACCGGCCACUGAGCGCCUCCAGCCAGAGCUCCCUGCGUUCCCUCAUCUCUGCGCUAUAA